CUCACCCCGUUAGUUACCUACCGUUCGGAAAAUCACUGGAGCGCAGUUCAAUCAACGGUUGCAUCGAAGAUGAAGGCGUUCGUAGUGCUGUCGGUGGCUUUGGCCAUUGCGUCCUGUGCGGCAGGCGAUGAGUCCUCCAAGAAGCAAAAACGUGGUCUUUGGGAGUUGGGAAAUGACAUGCACGGACUCGAAUACGGUCACCACUAUGGUCAUCACGAGGUCAAACAUCUGACCACGACAAUCACCAAGAAGAUUCCGGUCCCGUACCCGGUUGAGGUCGAGAAGCACGUUCCAGUUCAUGUGGACCGGCCAGUUCCAUACCCGGUGAAGGUUCCAGUUCAUGUGGAUCGUCCGUACCCGGUUGAAGUGAAGGUUCCAUACCCAGUGCAUGUUGAGAAAAAGGUUCAUGUCAAUCGGCCAUAUCCGGUGGAGGUCAAAGUGCCGUACCCAGUGCAUGUUGAGAAGAAGGUUCCAGUUCACGUUCCAUACCCAGUCGAAGUGAAGGUUCCGUAUCCAGUCGAAAAGAAAGUUUACAUCGAAAAGAAGGUUCCAGUGCACGUCGAUCGUCCAGUUCCAUACCCAGUAGAAGUGAAGGUUCCAUACCCAGUGCAUGUCGAGAAGAAGGUCCCAUAUCCAGUGUACGUCGAGAAGAAGGUUCAUGUCGAUCGUCCAUACCCAGUUCACGUUGAUCGUCCUUACCCAGUCGAAGUUAAGGUUCCAUAUCCAGUUGAGAAGAAAGUCUACGUCGAAAAGAAAGUUCCAGUUCAUGUUCCCUAUCCAGUAGAGGUUGAGAAGAAAGUUCCAGUGCACGUCGAUCGUCCAGUUCCAUACCCAGUAGAAGUGAAGGUUCCAUACCCAGUGCAUGUCGAGAAGAAGGUCCCAUAUCCAGUGUACGUCGAGAAGAAGGUUCAUGUCGAUCGUCCAUACCCAGUUCACGUUGAUCGUCCUUACCCAGUCGAAGUUAAGGUUCCAUAUCCAGUUGAGAAGAAAGUCUACGUCGAAAAGAAAGUUCCAGUUCAUGUUCCCUAUCCAGUAGAGGUUGAGAAGAAAGUACCAGUGCACGUUGAUCGUCCAGUUCCAUAUCCAGUUGAAGUCGAAAAGAAGGUCCAUGUCGAUCGCCCAUAUCCAGUCGAGGUGAAAGUACCAUACCCAGUUCACGUUGAUCGUCCAUAUCCAGUGGAAGUCGAGAAGAAGGUUCCUGUGCACGUUGACCGUCCCGUUCCGUACCCAGUUGAAGUGGAGAAACACGUUCCAGUCCAUGUCGAUCGUCCAGUUCCUUACCCAGUGGAGAAAAAGGUCCCAGUUUACGUCGAAAACCGUGUCCCAGUUCACGUUGACCGCCCAGUUCCAUACCCAGUCGAGGUGGAGAAGCGUGUUCCAGUUCAUGUGGAUCGCCCGGUUCCAUACCCGGUGAAGGUUCCAGUGCAUGUUGACAGACCAGUUUACGUUGAAAAGCGAGUCCCUGUAGAUCGCCCAGUACAUGUUCCCUAUCCAGUCGAAGUUCCAGUUGUCCAGAAGGAAUACGUCGAAGUGCCCCAACCGUACGCAGAUCAUGAUGAGAAACCCGCUCCAGUUCAUGGCAAUGGACACCAGAAACAUUGGUGA